UCAGUAGUGCAAGACGAAAGGUGCUGCACCACAAUGAUCACUGGACUGGCUGCUUUGGUUCUACUUCGUACAGUGUACCUGAUUCAGACUGCAGAGGUUUCUCACCAGAUGUCUUUGACUGAGGUUGAAGUUGGUGGAAAUGUUACUCUUCAAUGUCCAAUUUCUGCAAUGGAUGGCAAUUUUUUUUACUGGCACAAGCAGUCUCCUGGAUAUAUAGUCCAAACAGUUGCUUCUUCAGUUGGUAGCAAAUUAACAGUCAGUGAACAAUUUUCACGGUACACAUUAACACAAGAGGGUGCUCAGUAUUUUCUUACCAUCAAAAAUAUCAGCAAAGAGGACGAAGCAACACACUUCUGUCAGAAUGCGGCUGUGUAUUUAUCGACUUUGGUCGGUGUCACCUUCUUGGCUGUCAAGGAUCAUAAUCAACAGAAAUCUUUCCAUGUGAAACAAAGUCCAGAGACUGAGUGGGUCCAGCAGGGCGACCCAGUGACUCUCCAGUGUUCACUUCUCUCCAAGAACAAAGAAAACACAGCUCAGUGUCCAGCUGAACACAGUGUGCACUGGUUCAGAUCUGGAUCAGGAGGAUCUCAUCCAGACGUCCUUUACACUCACAGUGAUGAACAAGAGGAAAGAAGUUGUGUCCACAGUCUGUCCAAAACUAUACAGGACUCCUCUGAUACUGGGACUUACUACUGCGCUGUGGUCACAUGUGGACAGAUCCUGUUUGGUGAAGGAACUAAAGUGGAGACAAGAUCAGAACUGGAUCCAGUUGUCCUGGUUCUUGGAGUCCUGUUGGCCUGCUGUGUGACUGUGAUUGCCAGCCUUACAUAUGUCGUGAAUCGAGGGAAAGUUUGUAACCAUUGCAAAGGAGCACUGAGUUCUUCCCAUAAUCUUGGACACGACAGGUCAACUGUGGAUCAAUCAAAUGAUCUGGAUGAUGAAGAAAAUGCAAUGAACUAUGCAGCACUGAAUUUCUCUACAAGGAAAGUGAAAAGAGGAAAGAAGAGAGAGACGCCACCAGAGUGUGUGUACUCUGCUGUUAGAGCAGAUAACCACAACCAGCACCUCCCCUCUCCGUAG